AGGAGUGGAGAACCGGGUGAUUCUCUCCCAUGCCUGCCUGUCUGCCUGCCUGUCCGUCUGUCUGUGUGGUUGCUGUUGGUAACUUUGCUUGAUGAGAUCAGAGGGGAUCGGCUUUCCGCCCUUCAUGUCUCUAUCUCGCUUUCUCUCUCUCUCUCUCUCUCUCCGUCUGAGAGACUGAAGAGGGGAACUGAAAGUGGGACUGAAAGUCUGCUCUCAGCUGUAGUUGUCAGCGGCCGUGACGACGCUUCCGUGGAAACACGCACUUAAGAGUUGGAGGGAGGACAGGGGGGUGAGGAAGAAGUGAAGCCUCAGGACAGAUAAGCUCCAGGGAGGGAAAAGAGGGAGGGAACAAGGGAGGAGGAGGGAGAGAAAGGGUGGGCAGCCCUCUGAGGAAAGAGGGAGUCUCUCUCUUUCUGUCUCAGACUCACUCGCUGGCUGAUCUGGUCUCCUCUUCCUCCUUUCUGCUCGCACUUUUUCUCUCUCGCUGCCAGCGGCUGGCUGGAGGAGUUCAGGCUGUGUUCUUUGGCUGCAGUCUGGAUCUGAACAUGGACUCUGGCUGGAUGGAUUCACGCUCAGAGACAUGAGACAAGACGCCGGGGAUUCACUGUGAGCGGCUCCAUCCGUUGUGCUGUUCACAAGGUGUGGCACCCACUCGGUCUCUCUGAAGACAUUUGUGGCAUGAAAACAGAUCGCGCUCAUCUUUCAUUCAUCACCUCCUCCUUCAUCACCCUCCACCACUCUCCAGUUAGGAACUCUCUCCCAGCUCCACCGCAUUGAUGAGGUAACGUCAAGCUUCACUCAGCGCAGCACCCACCUGCUCAAACACCACACUCCCCCUUCCUCCCCCUUCCUUCUGUCAGCCCUUCCAUUGUAGCCAUGGGCCAGAAGAUUUCUGGAGGAAUUAAGUCGGUAGACGGUCGCGGGGAAAGCGGUGGCUCCCCGUCCUACCGGCCCUUGGCUCAUCGCCGGCAGCACCCAGAGCUGAGGGGCCCAGAUUUCUCCAAACCUCCCAGGUUGGAUCUACUUCUGGACAUGCCAUGCUCUGGACUAGAGACUCAGCUCCGUCACGCAUGGAACCCCGAUGACCGCUCGCUCAACAUUUUCAUCAAAGAUGAGGAUAAGUUGACAUUUCAUCGCCACCCGGUCGCUCAGAGCACAGACUGCAUCCGGGGGCGUGUUGGAUACACAAGGGGUCUCCAUGUGUGGAGGAUCCACUGGCCCACCCGGCAACGAGGCACCCAUGCUAUAGUUGGUGUGGCAACCUCAGAAGCUCCUUUACAUUCUGUUGGGUACACAGCGCUGGUGGGGUCGGACUGUGAGUCCUGGGGCUGGGAUCUGGGACGUAACCGGCUCUACCAUGACAGUAAGAACCGGGGGCACAGCUCGCUGCCCUCUUACCCUUGUUUCCUGGAGCCGGAGGAAUCAUUCACUCUGCCGGACUCUUUGCUAGUGAUUCUGGACAUGGACGAAGGAACGCUGAGCUUCAUGUUUGAUGGACAGUAUCUAGGAGUGGCAUUUCGAGGGCUCAAAGGCAAGAAGUUGUAUCCCGUUGUCAGCGCUGUGUGGGGACAUUGUGAGAUAAGCAUGAAGUACAUCAACGGCUUGGAUCCCGAGCCUCUUCCUCUGAUGGACCUGUGUCGGCGUGCGGCCCGCCUGGCGUUGGGUCGGGAGCGGCUUCAGGAGAUCGAGAGCCUUCCUCUUCCUCAGUCCCUCAAAAAUUACCUCCAGUACCAGUGACUGACAGGAGCAGGACCAACUGAACAACGCCACGAAUCAGACCACCAGGAAGUCGAAGGGUGGACUGAUGAAACACAUUUAUUUAAAAAAGAUGCAGACACGGAAGACGGAUGGAAGAAUGUCCACACUGAGAGCGCCAAAGCUCAACACCCGAUGGAUUUGUACAAGGAGGAAUGGAUGGAAGGACGGUGGAUGAACUGACGGCGGAGGUCCAGGCCGUCAUGUAGAGGACACGACAGCUCCAGAUUCUUUGGGAUAUUCAAGCUGCUCUUUCAUUAGUUUGGGAUUUUUCUGAAAUAAAUUAUUGAUGAUGGGCUCCCAUCAGAGUGAGCCCAUCCUCUGGAAGACGGUGGCAAGAUGAACACCACCACCUAGUGAUGAGAGUGAGAACUGCGACGAGAAGGCACACUAAUCCUACCCUCGGAGGCCUUUCUGACGUACAGUCAGGGACAGUGUGUUGAAGUUGGAAACCACAGAGUGUGUCCACAGUCUCCACUGGCACAGGUGACAGCCCAGACGUCCAACAGCAUUUUAGCACUAAUGUCUUUUUUAUGUGACGACUCGGGGGCCCGACCUAAAGCUCCCACUGCACACAGAGUAGAUGGAAUCAUCAGGGGGAAUGAGCUCCUGGCUACAUGCGGAGAUUUGGUGAUAGUUUAGCCCCUUUCAGACAUGGUAUAAAUAAAACAUUAAGAAAUUAAAGUACCAGACAGCAGAGUGAGACAGAGCAGUGGAGUGACAAAGUAAUCAAGGAAAUCAAAGUGUAUCAGUGAUGGAUUUUAAAAUUCUUUUAGAGUUCUAAGUCUUAAUGUUUCUCACUCAUUAAUUGGAUCAUUUAUCAGUUUAUUAAUGUGGCCUGUCCUCUACUGAAACAUCCAACACAGCAGCAGGACAGGAUGCCACAUUUGCUGCAUCAUGAAUAACACCUUAAACAUUAAGGAUCACUUUUUGCCCCAUACCUCAAAGGAAUAGAAAAUAGUUUUAUAGUCUGAUCUGACGUGACAUCAUUUUAACGAAAACUGCUUAACAACCUGGCUUCAGAUCUUAAAAUACUCCUCUGUAACUUUAAUUUAACAAACAUUAAUCAAAGAUGAAAAAAAGCGGUUCAGUUGUUAUUUAUUGAGAAAUGUGAUGUUCAGAAACUCACCUGAUCCACUGUAUCAAAGCUGGGUACGUGAGGUUUGAUCAGAUUUGAUAGGGAAUUAUUUGAUUAAAGAAAACAACAACUAUCACAUUUGAGCACAAAUGCUACUUGAUCCUGAUUGGUGGAUGGAGAUACUGUAUGUGGCAUCAACUGGCUCAACACAGAAGAGGAAAAACAUAUUUUUAAUGUGAAUCAUACAUUUCUCGUAGGAAAAAGCUUCAAACAUUUUUAAUCUGCACAGUUUGUGCUGCUGCCGCCUUUAUGUGACUGUGACAAUAUUCAGUUCAGACUUGCACUGUGUUACACUGUGGCUGCAGCUUAUUAAGACUGUCAUCGCUACAUGUCUGAAAGGGGCACAAGUGUGUGUGGGAGCUGUGGGAGCUGUGGGAGCUGUGGGUCAAGACGUGCCGCUGUGGAACCAGUGCUAACAUGCUGUUGGCAGUCACAGGAGCCGUCCUCCCUGCUGAUGUUUGUGGCACCCUGCUGUAGCUCGCUGGUACCAGACAGUGUCUGUCUGCUGUUCACACAACUGUCUUAAUGACCACAAACAAACAAACAAACAAACAAACACACAAACAAACAAACUAAGCAGAUCUAGACUUUGGAUCUAAGAUAAAGGCUUGAGCAGGACACAGCAAGGUUGCUGCUACUGCAGCGGUAUCAUGGUGUGUUUUGGGCUCAGAAUAAAAUGCAGUUGACCAACACACACACACACACACACACACACCAAUUUUCUUUCCUAAAAAAGCUUGAGUCACUUUUUUUUACUUCUGAGUUUGUAUCCUACAUUAUUAUUAUCAUUAUUAUUAUUAAUAAUUAAUAUUAUUAAUGUUAUUUUGAGUGUGGAGUCUGAUUCUGAUGGUGAAUGAUGAUGAUGGUGAUGUUUACUUAUCACAAACUAAUUCUAUGUUUUAAAACUGAUCAGUGAUGGUUACAUUCAGGUAAAUGUAAUACAAAGAUGCUAGUGAUGAAGGGAGAGAGAAAUCAGAACUGGUUGAUUCAAUGCUGCUUUUAUUAUUAUUUUUUUAUGACUAUUAUAAUUAUUAUUGUUAUUAUUUGUGAUGGCGGUGGUCCCCCCUCUUGUCUCCAUCAGUUAGGAUGGGAAAGAAGAACCAUUUCAGAGAAGUUGUAGAAUGUAUGGACAGACGGUGCCGUGGAGACGUCAGCUGAUAUGAAAUGUGAAUAAAAAGCCAAGUGAAUUUGAAAAAAA